CUUUUUUAUCUGUGAAGCUAAGAGAGAAGGGUUGGCCUUUUGACAUCAUCUCCUCGUGCGGUUUUGUCUUCCUCCUUCAUUUUGAAAAGAGACAGACCUUCUAAAAGAUAGCUAUGAGCGGAAAAGCCGAUCUAGGAUUUGCCGAGAACUUUGCUCUCAGUGGGGUUGCCGCUGUCAUCUCAAAAACUGCCGCAGCACCAAUCGAACGUGUGAAGCUCCUCGUUCAAAACCAAGAUGAGAUGCUUAAGAGUGGCCGUCUCACCGAACCGUACAAGGGAGUCAUUGACUGCACUAGUCGUGUCUUGAGGACUGAGGGAAUCCUCCCAUUCUGGAGGGGCAACUUGGCAAAUUGUAUUCGUUACUUCCCAACCCAGGCACUCAACUUUGCCUUCAAGGACAAAGUGAAGGCUGCCUUUAAAAUGAAAAAGACCGACUCCUACUCCGUCAAGUUCACCAAGAACAUUGCCUCUGGUGGUGCAGCAGGUGCCAUGUCCCUGUUCUUUGUCUAUUCUCUUGAUUACGCUCGUACCCGUCUGGCCAACGACACCAAAGCCGCUGGCAAGGGAGGUGCCCCACGCCAAUUCAACGGGCUCGUUGACGUUUAUCGUAAGACCCUGAAGAGCGAUGGAGUCGUUGGGCUGUAUCGUGGCUUUGUCAUUUCCUGCGUUGGCAUCAUUGUCUAUCGUGGCUGCUACUUUGGUUUCUACGACACCUUGAAACCGAUCCUGCUAAGCGAGAAUGCUUCUGUCAUACUCUCCUUCAUGCUUGGUUAUGCUGUGACUGUCACGUCCGGUCUCAUUUCUUACCCAAUUGAUACAAUCCGACGUAGAAUGAUGAUGACUUCCGGCGAGGCUGUCAAGUACAAGGGAUCUCUUGAUUGUGCCGUCCAGAUCUUGAAGAGUGAGGGUGCCAUGUCUUUCAUGAAAGGUGCUGGCGCUAAUAUCCUCCGUGGUGUUGCAGGAGCAGGUGUUUUGGCCGGCUUUGACAAGUUCAAAGAGCUCUACGUUGCAUGGCGUAUCGGGUAGAUUGAGAAUAUGACUCGUUUAGGAUUUAAAAUAUUUAGUUUGUAAUGAAACACAGCGAUAAUUAUUAUUCUUGAUGCCUUCUUUAGUUUGACUUUAUUUAGCCACUUAAUUUAUUGAUAUGUUAUUAUUUGUAACAUUAA